UUGUUAUUGAAGGCAGAAUGAGCGAAGUCAAGGACGCGAUCGAGGACAUUGCGGCUGGCAGCGUUGGCGGCGUGUGCAUGGUGAUUGCAGGCCAUCCGCUGGACACGCUCAAGGUUCGCAUGCAGACGUCGGGCACUCCAGGCGCACCUCAGUUCACGAGCACGAUGGACUGCCUGCGCCAGACCAUCAAGAACGAGGGUUUCUGGGGUCUGUACAAGGGCGUCGCAUCACCGCUGGUCGGUGUCGCAGCCAUGAAUGCUACGCUCUUCUGCGCCUACGGAGCGAUCAAGUAUACUCUUAACGACAACAAGCCACACGGUGAAAAGCAGUUGCCCAUCCUGCGCAUGCUGCUGGCCGGUGCCGAAACGGGUGCUGUGGUCGCCCUGGUCGAGUCGCCCGUCGAUUUGAUCAAGGCCAAGAUGCAAACGCAGUACGGCUCGGGCUCGACCGCCCAGUACAAGAGCACGUUCGACUGCCUGCGUCAAGUCACCUCACAGUUUGGCAUUCGCGGUGUCUACCAAGGUCUCGGCGCCACUCUUCUCCGUAACGUGCCUGCCAACACCAUGUACUUUGGUGUUUACGAGCAAGCACGUCGUGAGUUUGCCAAUGGCAACUGGAACAACGUGGACAAGCUGACGCCGCUGCAAGGCUUUGCUGCUGGUGGCUUGGCUGGUAUUGCCUAUUGGAUUGGUACCUACCCGCUUGAUGCCAUCAAGUCCAAGAUGCAGACCGAUGCCAGCGAUCGCUCCAAGCGUUUGUAUUCGUCGAUUGCGGACUGCGUCAAGCAAACGUACCGCACCUCAGGCAUCAACGGCUUCUACAAGGGCUUUGGCGUUUGCAUGUUGCGUGCCUUCCCGGCAAAUGGUGCUUGCUUCUUGGGCUACGAGACAGCCAAGAAGUUCCUGGUUUCAUCCGAACACUAAGCCCUUUUUGUUUGUUUGGGUUUGUUUUUUCGUGUGUGAAAAUGACAACAAUGCAAAUCCAUAAAUCUUGUUUUAUUUGUAUGCA